AUGUACAGCAUGUCUGCUGUUUGGCUGAGCCAAAUGAGCUUCACUACUUCCCUCAACCACUGGGUUACAUGGAGGAAGUACCAGUGGUUUUCUUGCAGCCUGUUUGCUGCACUUUGGAAUGAAUACACAUUGAAGAAGAACCGAGUCUUCUCUUUUGACGUCCCAAGAAGAGCAAGUACAAAGGAUGCCAUGGGAGCUCCAAAUGAGACAAUGGUGACUGAAUUCAUCUUGAUUGGGUUAUCGGAGCACCCCAGAGCACAAGUUGUGUUCUUCUGUUUGUUGUUGAUGACAUACCUCAUCACCUUUCUUGGCAAUGGCCUCAUCAUCAUACUGAUUAUUGCUGAUCCCCACCUUCAUACACCGAUGUAUUUCUUUCUUUGCGUCCUCUCCUCUGUAGACUUCAUCAUCUCCAACAAUACACUUCCUGAGACCCUGGUCAACUGUUUCUAUUACAGGCCCACCAUCUCCUUCUACAGGUGCUUAGUUCAGAUGUAUGUUGGGGUUCUAUUCUAUGCAACAGAAUGUCUCCUGCUCGGCAUCAUGGCGUAUGACCGCUUUGCAGCCAUCUGCCAGCCGCUCCACUAUUUUCAGAUAAUGAGCUGGAGGUUUUGCAUCAGUUUAGUGACUGCAUCUUUAGGAGUUUCCACACUGACGGCCCUAACCAAUGUACUGUUGCGUCCUACAGGCUUCUGCGGACGACACAUCAUUAAUCAUUUUGGAUGUGAGCUACAAUAUUUCCUCAAGCUGGCCUGUUCUGACACACGUGCUAGUGAGCUCUUCAUGCACGUUUCCAGCAUCUUUGUCAUAUUUCUACCCUUUUGCUUCAUUGUUGUUACCUACGUGCGCAUCAGCUUAGCUGUACUGCGCAUGAGCACAACAAAGGGUCGGAAGAAAGCCUUCUCCACCUGUAGUUCUCACCUUACUGUGGUCAGCGUCUUUUAUGGCACAAUCAUAAUCAUGUAUAUGAUGCCCCACCCCAAAUCUUCUUCCAAUCUAGAUAAGAUUGUAUCUUUAAUAUAUGGGUUUUUAACUCCCAUGCUCAAUCCCGUGAUCUACAGCUUGAGAAACAGGGAUGUGAAGGGAGCUUUUUGGAGAGUGUUUGGAAGGAAAAGUUCAGAUUAA